AUGAGAAGCAUUAAGAUAUUAUUAAUUAUAUUCCUACUAUGCAUCUUGAUUGCAAUUGGAAUAGUUGUAUAUGAAAUAAGAGAAGAGAUAAGUAAAAGUGAAAGUGAAACUAGCAGCGAGGCGUAUGAUAGCACAGCAAAUACUAUAAUAAAGCCAUCUACCAGUGCUCAAAAAAACCUCGAUCCAUCCACACAACAGAACAAAAAACAAGCUACACCAAUAGUAGCGCCUGGUGUUGUUACUAUCAAUCCACAUCCUUAUAUGGUUAAUAAACCCAUUGAUGAUAAAGUGGUGCCGACAACAUUAGCCACUUCUAAAGUAGGAGUAUCCAAUAGAUGCACUUUAAACAGUACAUCGUCAUUGGGCAAUGUUUCUACUAAAGAAAAUCAUGGUAAUAUUCACGAUUUGGAUUCUAAAAAAUCAAAAGAGAAAACUCAAUGUAUCCAGUCCCCAGUAAAUGUUGAGAAAGAUGAUUUGGCUAAAAAGGCAGCUGCACCUACAAAAUCCACAGCCAGUGGAAGCAGAUUGUAUCCACGGUUAGAGGAUGAUAUUAAUGACGAAAGAGUUUCUAUAGAUUCUUCGCCAAAAUAUACAGAACCCACUACUGUUUAUGCACAUAAACCAACACAAUUAAGUGCAGAGCCUGUUACUUCACAUGCUGCAUUAGGCUUGGAUGGCCAGCAGACUACAUCCCUAUCUAGAGGAAUAGAUGCUGCCUCUAGUAUAACUAAAGAAAAAGAAAAGGAGGAACAAAAAGACUCUAGCAGUUCACCAAAGUUAAAAAAAGAAAAUGGCUUACAACAGACUGCUCGUAUAAAUGAGGAAGAAGAAGAAGAAGAAAAGAAAAAGAAAGAAGAGGAAGAAAAGCAUCCAGAGUCUAAUGCAUCGCCAUUUGAAAUAAUUGAUCCUGUUAACGGGCCUGUGCCAGUUGAUGAAGAAAAAGCAGUUGCAACCAUCAUUACGCCACCUGCUGCAGACCAGAGAUCUAAUUUUACAUCAGGUAUUUCUGCGGAAGAAGAGGGGUCUAAUGCAUCAUCAUUUGAAAUAAUUGAUUCUAAUGAUGAAUCUAGAUCCAUUGAGGAGAUAAAAGCAGUUUCCACCACCACACCACCUGCUGCAGGCCAGAGCUCUGGUUCUACACCGGCUAUUUUGGUGGAAGAAGAAGUAAAGAACGAAGAGCAUUUAGAGGGUAUAGAGAAAUCAUUUGAAAUGAUUGGUUCUAAUCUAGAUGGUGACACAGCAGAAGAAAAAGAACUGGUUGGUAUGCUAAAUGCUAUUGCUAAAUUAAACCCAGACUUACCAAAAGUAAACUAUUCUAAUGACACAGAAAUUAUUAAUGCAAUUAUUAAGAACAAAGAUGUGGUUGUAAUUAAAAAACAAGACGAUUUUUAUAUAAACAAAUCUUUUCUACAAAUCACACUAUGGGAAGUGCUAAACAGCGUUGCUAAUGGAGAGACAUCACAUCAGUAUUUAAUUACGAGCCAUACAGAAACAACAGUUAUUAUUUCUUAUCCUAAAGAAGUUCAGCAGAAUCCAAUCAUAGAGCACGCUCUGCUAAGAUAUUAUGGAAAUCCAUCAAUAAGCAUGUAUUCUUUAACACUUGAAGGAUUUGAAUUUGCAGCAAAUGCUUCUAUUUUCAACAAAUAUAGUAUUUUUGAUAAAAUAAUCACACUUAUACUCGCCGAAACCCGCAUUUGCUCUAGUACAUUAGCCCAAUUAGGCGAGCGCUCAGAUAUAAUCAGGUUGAAUAUUUGCAAGAACACAGUUAUAGACUUUGAUUCUAAGUUAGAUCUAGGCACAUCAAAAAUAUUUAUUGUAGAAAUAGAUGGAAUAGAUGGAAAGUGCAUAGAUCCAUUGUUAAUUGGAUUAGACGCAAUGAAUGGGAUGAGUGAAAUAUCUAUAAGCAACAUUGACUUUAUGAGCACGUCUUCACUUAACAAUAUAACAAAGCUGAGUGAAGUAUUCAAAUUUGUUCUCCAAAAUAUAGUUUUUGAAGGUUCGCCAGACUUCUCCUUUCUUAGAAAAAUGGAUAAACUUUCUAUUUUAACUAUGAAUAAUAUUUUCUAUUCGUAUACAAAUGAAUUUAAAAUAGAAGACUUGGAUAGAAUUAAGCAGAAUCCAGAAGAAUACUUAAGAAUAACAGCCGAGCCAGAAGACUCUUCUGCACAGAAACAAAUAGAAUUAAACAAGUCAGACGAUAUAGUAAGAAAAAACAAAGCACUUGGUGAGUCUAUUUCUCCUAAAUUGGUUAAUGUAGACAGCAAGUUAUACAAUGAUUUAGGACUAUGUAAAUUAAAAAGCAAAGAAGAUAAUAAUUUAUAUAACAUUAUGAAUAUUCAAUUAGCACCUAAAUCAUUGGAUGGUAAGCAAAUGCCAACUAAAUUUAGAUUUAGCUUAUUAAGAACCCGAAUUAACGUGUGGCUCUCUUCUGGUGAUUCAGAGAUUCAAGAUGUAAUUGAUUAUCUUAAAUGCAUUGACUUUCCAUUCACAUGGGAAACAACUAUAAAAGAAAUCAAUUUGAUUAAUCGCUUUAUGAUAUCGAAUGAUUGUGGAAUGAUGGAAACGAUUUCUGAUAGGUUAUUUAAGUAUGCAGAGCACAAUAAGAUUAAGAAAAUCACAGUUUCUUCCAUAUUUCCUUCCACUCCAAUGGAUAUGUACAGAGUUGUUAUGUUUAAUAGCAAAAUGCCUACUCUUAAAGAAAUGACUCUAUCUAAGAUUAAACUAACACCAACUAAAACAUCUGCCCAAAACGAUGAUGAGAAAAAAGCAUUGGAAUCUUACUGCACUUUUAUUGAAAAAGAUUCUUCUUAUAAAGAACUUCAUUUUGUAAAAAAUGGAAAUAUUAUGAAAAUAGAGCAAAAACCAAAAAAAUAGAGCAGUUAAUAUCAAACUAUUUUAUCAAAACACGGUAUAAAACAGAAGUGUGUCUUUAGUCUGUAUUAUAUAACUAUAACAAAUACCCAGCCAUUUUAGAUAAGCUACAGCUUAAAACAUUAUCAUUAUUAGAUAAUAGAAAUAAAUCGGC